GGGAAGAUGCUUCGUAACACCCACAUUGUCUUUAUAUGCCUUCUGGGCUGCCUCUGCCCCGUUAUAACAGCCACUGAUCUCCCCCAUCAACACCCCAAUCCUGAAGCUGUGGUUCUACAAGUUCAAAGGAGACUGAAUGCGUCUCUUGCAAGGAGGGGCUUACUGGGUGUCCAUGAAAAUGACCAGGUUUCAUGUCUCACCGGCAACCCCAUCGAUGACUGUUGGAGGUGCGACCCCAAUUGGGAGGCUGAUCGCCAACAUCUGGCCGAAUGUGGGAUUGGGUUCGGUCAGCAAGCAGUUGGUGGCAAAGGUGGUCAAGUCUAUGUGGUCACUGACCACUCCGACUCAGGGAAUCCGGGUUCGCUCCGAUACGCUGUCACCAAACCCGAGCCACUUUGGAUUAUUUUCUCCAGUGAUAUGCUGAUAAAACUCAAGAGAGAGCUUAUAGUAAACAGCUACAAGACUAUCGAUGGACGAGGCGCAAAUGUUCAAAUCACGGGCGGUGGCUGCAUUGGCCUCAAAUACGUUACAAAUGUUAUCAUACACAACAUUCAGCUUCAUCAUUGUGUCCCCUCGGAAUCGGACGGUGAUGGGAUAUCCAUCAUGGGGUCAAGGUACAUCUGGAUAGACCACUGCUCCCUCUCCUAUUGCAAGGAUGGCCUGAUCGAUGCCACAUUGGGUUCCACCGCCAUCACCCUAUCAAACAACUACUUCUCGCAUCAUGACAAAGUGAUGCUCCUGGGUCGAAGCGACGGCGACGAGAUGGAUGAUGGGAUGCAAGUGACGGUGGCCUUCAAUCGCUUCGGUGAGGCGCUGGAGCAGAGGAUGCCAAGGUGCCGGCGGGGGUACUUCCACGUGGUGAAUAACGAUUACACGCAAUGGGGGAUUUAUGCCAUUGGCGGCAGCGCAAGCCCUACUAUUAAUAGCCAAGGCAACCGUUACACAGCACCACCGUCCACAAAUGCCAAGGAGGUGACGAGGCGUAUGGAUGCAAAAGAUGGAGAUUGGGCACGUUGGAAUUGGAGAACAGAGGGAGACAUAAUGGUCAACGGCGCAUACUUUGUGCCCUCUGGCGAUGGUUUGGGUGCUCAGUUUGCUAUGGCUUCUAGCGUGGAGCCCAAAUCUGCAGGCUUCAUUGAUCAACUCACCAUGAAUGCCGGUGCCCUUCCUCCCACCAGUGUAGUUGGAAGCAUACCAAAUGGUCAAGUACCCAAUAGCAUACCGAAUAGUCAAGUACCCAAUGGCGUACCAAAUGAUCCAGUACCCAAUGUUGGCGGAACUAACGGGGAUAAUGGUGGUCUAGGGUCCUACAGUGGUGGUGCUGGGGCUAAUUCCGGUUAUGCUGGUGGUGGUGCUGCUUCUGGGUCCAAUUAUGGUGAUGGUGGUGGUGCUGCUGCUGCUGGGGCUAAUCCCGGUUAUGCUGGUGGUGGUGCUGCUUCUGGGUCCAAUUAUGGUGAUGGUGGUGGUGCUGCUGCUUCUGGGUCCAAUUAUGGUGAUUGGAAUUUCUUUGGAAUGACACAUGGGAGCGGUGCACCGCGGCUGCCACCUCCAUCAACCACCUCCGUUCUUUCAGCUCCUUUUGUUACUUUAUUCCUGUACUUUAUUAUCAACUAUGGUUGUUGUAUAUUACCAUUGUAACCUAG